AAUGUCCGGACCGGUGAUGAAGCUGCUGUGUUCAGGAGAAAGGUGCCGGCGCUGGGUAUAGCAUUUUUCUCCUUGAAGCAAAAUGCAACUUAGGUUCAGAAGACUGAGCUAUUUCUGGUUGGGUACUUGUUAUACAUGGAGCUCUUGCUGGUUAUGGGACAUUAUCAUUGUUCUCAAGAGGCAGUUUAUUUUCUGUGUCAGGAGGUGAAUUAAGUCGCUUCCUCUUUUUAAUACCAUUUUUUCUCUUACGAAUUUUCGAGCUGCAUAAAUCAUGGUGUAGCUCGAAAUAAUAAGAUGAUGCUGAAUCAUAGCUUUAGAGUAGAGUUUUGACCCAAAAAAAGCUUUAGAGUAGAGACAGUCUCUACUGUAGAGUUAGGAGCUUGAAACUUGACCUAAAAUAGGAGAAAAGGGAUUCUAUGGUGCUUCUCUAAAUCAUCACUUAUAAGUUCCUGGUAUAUAUAAUUACAAAAAUAAAUUAUUUUCUGAACCUGCUUAUAAGUUUUGCGUGCAUAUCAAGUUUCCUACCAACCUCAGAUAUAUAUUUCUGUAUUGGGUUUUAGGGAGACAUCAACUUCCGGGUGAUAUCUCUCCGACAGCUGAGAUGGGUUAUCUUGUUACUCAUAAUAUCAUAAGAAAACAUAAAGUUAUCUAGUUCCUUAAACAACAACGUACCCGAAAGCUCUAAGAAAAAAGAAGUCAUGUGAUGACGUCAAACGAAGUUUCGCUCCCUGCAAAUACAUCAAUAAGCAUGAAAUAAUUGAAUACACAUAGAGUUUGAAAAUGAAAGAUUCAUCAUUACAAAGCUUGAUUCUUGUUAGUGCCUACCUCAUGGCUUCCAUAUUUCAUUUAGCAAAUUGGGCAAGAAAAUUUCUUCACAGUUGCAUUUUGAAGUAAAUAGAUGAAAAAUUUCCCAGAAGAAAAGACACCAAGAGACAACAGGUUUUUGAAGCGAAAUAACCGGUUAAUGUCUAACCUUCAAAGUUCAGUACAUUGUUGUUACGAUCCAUAAAUUUGAAAAUCAUUGUCCCACCUGAACUGUUCCUAAGCAAAUAUAAGUGUGCCAUGAGAAGUGAAUGAAUAUCUCAAACAGAUUUUAAAUGUAUAAGCUCUUAGAAUUUUUUUUGAUUAGCAUAACUUCUGAAAACAUAGAAUAAUGUUAAAACUAAUUAAUAUCAAAGAAGAGAUGCAUGCUUCUUUUUCUUCUUCGCUUGGAUUUUGUAGGUCAAACACCUUGGAAGGAAAUAUCGUUACACAACAAAAAAACAAAUUAAUAUUUAUAAUUAACAGAAAAAAGAGAAAAACCUGUGGAUACAACAAACACACUUCUGUAGUUAAACUCUUUUCGGUUUAGUAAAAUGGAAUUACCUAAUUACAUUCAUAAAACGAAGAACAAAUGUUAACAUUUAGCAUAGUUCAAUUGUAGUGUGGUUCUACGCUAGGUUAGGUAGUAGCAAAAAAGAGUGAGAAAAUGCAUACGUUGUCUUGUGAGCGAGCCUCGAGAGUGUUGUUGUAUAGCAUAACAGUUUUGCAAUACAUCUUAAGUUUUUCUAUAUUAUCCGGUUAGUGUUAGAAUUUGAGAGUAAAGAAGAUAAAAAUGGUGAUAAUGAGAGAAUGUAUGUUUACCACCUUUCCAAGCCCGUCGUACCAUUCGAGCACACUUGUGUGAUUUGAAAAUAAUGACAUAUUUGAAACCCUAAAUACGUAUGUGGAUCUUUAAUUACUUUCAAAAUGUAUAUUAUAUUAAUCCGACCUAAUAUAAAAUCUAAUAGAAUCACCUAACAUAAAGUUUGGUCUGAACCCAAGUUUCAAAAUUUUAAAUUUUUGUUUUUGGUAAAAUAUUACUCCAUCUAUUUUAAAUCGCAGGUAGUUUUAAUUAAAAGCAUCAAUAUUAAAAAAGUGGUUCUUGUUAAAAAAUAUCAUUAAUAUAUAACUUCAAUCAAAUAUAAAAUAAUCAUAUAUAAUCUAAUUAGUCACACAAUAUUCAAUAAAUAUAAAAAUUGCAGUGAAUUGUUAAAACUACUUAUAUUGCGAACAAAUUUAUUUGGUAAAACUACUUAUAUUAUAAAAUAAAGGGAGUUGAUUCAAAAGUUUAGAUUUGGAGACUCUAAAUGGUUAUAUUGUGUAUAUAUAGAAAAAGUAAAAUGUAAGAAAUUACCCAAAAAAAUUAAAUGUAUGCAAAAUUGAGCUCUGAUUUUGGUUUUGAAAUACAAAAAGCUUAUUUAUAUCUUCUGAUCAAGUGGUUUAAAAUUUUGGUUUUGUGAAUAACUAUUUCUUACUCCCUCUGUUUUUACUGUAGUUAGUUUUUUUUGGUUAAAAACACUAAUAUUAAAAAAGUUGUUACUUUUUUAAAAGUAGCAUUUAAUUAAUAAGUUCAACCAAUUAUAAAAAGUUUAUUGUAUUUAACUGGUCAUACAAUAUCCAAUAAAUAAAAAGUGCAUUGAAAUAUGUAAACUAUUUUUUUUUUUUGUAAAAAUAUAAAAACUACUUGUAUUAUGAAACAAAUUAUUUUUGCUAAAACUACCAAAAUAUGAAACACAGGGAGUAUUAUCUUAGCUGUGAUUGUUGUUGAAACAUGAAGUUUUAAGUUUUACUUUGUGUGCAAUCGCAAGUCAUUCAAGGCAUCAAUGUUAUAGGAAGAAAUAAUUAUUGGAACACUUGUUUGCUUUGAAGUGUGUGCUUUUAUGCAAGUUUGUUAAAGGAUAGCCUGUGUUUUUCUGCAACAUAGCCGGAACAAACAUUAAGUGCAGCCUACUAGCCACCUAACACGUUUGACAACUGAAUUAAAAGUAUGAUUAGUAAGGGACACAGAAUUAAAAGUAUGAUUAGUAAGGGACACAGGUCCAAUCAAUAUCGAUGACGAAACAAACAAAUGGAAAACCCAUCCAUAGCACGCAGUCACUAUAGAAGUUAGAUAUUCAGCACGGUCAUUUAAUUACAUUAAAAUCAUAGACGAAGCACGCGUAUAUAAACUAAGCAUAGGGCCAUAGGCUAACAACAAGUUUAUAAAACUGAGCACACAUAAUCAGAACUAAGAGAUGGCUGCAGCGAAGCAAGUGAUGCCCAGCGAGGAGCCGCUCAGCCCGUUUUCACGGCUAUUCAGUAUGCCCGGUCAGGACUGCUUCAACAUCAUAACCAUUGGAUGCAAAACUGAGGGCAAUGUACACGCCAUUGUUGAAGGUUUAAAGAACACUUUGAUCAACCAUCCACGUUUUUCUAGCAUCCUGGAGACUGGUCUUGGAGAGCAUAAAGUAAAAGCUAAGUGGAUUCCUACAACAGUAAAAGUGGAAGAUCAUGUAAUUGUUCCAGAUAUAGACCCCAACAUUGAAAAUCCUGAUCAGUUUCUAGAGGAUUAUACAACAAAUAUGGCACUUUCUCCAAUGGAUAAGUCAAAACCUUUAUGGGAGUUUCACUUACUGCAACUGAAGACAUCAUAUGCUGGAUCUGUAGCUGUGGCUAGGUUUCACCAUUCUUUAGGUGAUGGAAUGUCUCUUAUGUCUCUUUUACUCGCUUGUACUCGAAAAACAUGCGAUCUCGAGGCAUUGCCUACUUUCGUAGUCCCAAAGAAAAGCAAAGCGAGCCCCAUUUGCUGGUCCUUAAUUGCUUGGUUUUGGUUCAUAGUAAGGUUGUUGUUCCACACUUGUGUUGAAGUUUUCAAGUCUAUGGUUAUUGUAUGCUUCGCUAGAGACAACGUAACACCUCUUAAGGGUAAACCAGGUGCUACAAUUAGCGUUAAUAAGUUUAUUCAUCGAAUUUUUAGUUUGGAUGAUGUGAAAGUGGUGAAGAAUGCGAUGAAUAUGACGGUGAAUGAUGUUCUUCUUGGAGUCGUGCAAGCGGGUCUUUCACGAUAUUUGAGUCAAAAAUUUGAUUUGAAUAAUAAAACUUCAAAGUCAAGAAAGGACCUAGAGAAAAACAAUAUCUACGGUGUUGUGUUUUUCAACUUACGGCCAAACAGAAAUAUUGAGGAUUUGGCUAAGAUGAUGGAGAAAGGUUCAAAAUCAAGAUGGGGAAACUCAAUCGGCUAUGUUUUGUUCCCUCUAUGGAUAAGGUUAGAAGAGGAUACACUGGAAUACAUCCGACGAGCCAAAAUUACAAUGGACAGGAAGAAACUUUCUCUUGAACCUAUAUUUUCUUUUGCAUUACUCAAGUUCACUAUGAAAGUUUUCGGGCUAAAGGCACUGAAGAAUCUGGUAAACAGUAUUUUUAGUCGCACGUCAGUAAUAUUUACAAAUGUCGUCGGUCCAGAUGAAGAAAUCAGCUUUUUCGACCAUGAGAUAUCUUACAUUGCAGCAAGUUCAUGUGGUGUGCCACAGGGACUGACAAUACAUAUACAAAGCUAUGUAAAGAAGGUUAUCAUCAAUCUAGCUGUUGAUCUCAAUGUGGUCCCUGAUCCUCAUCACCUAUGUGAUCUCAUCAUCGACUCUCUCAACUCCAUGAAGUCGGCCGUUGUGGAAAUGGGUUCUUACAAAUUGGAUGUUUAAGUAAUGUUUUUUUUUCUUUUGACGACAAUAGCUAAGAUAUAUAUAUUCUUCCUGCCACAUAACCAGAAACAAAUUAUAUGGACUACGGGGUCACUGCGUCCGAGGAUAACACGUACUCCAUAAUGAAAUUUUAAUAUGUAUGAGAACAGUAAGAAAUCUAGUAUUCUCUUUGUAGAAUGGAAAUAAUAUUUUUGUUUUGAAAUUGUUCCUUAAUUACGAAACACGUCUUUGACCGAUCUAUCUAGUUGUCGGGUCGGAAACAAUGUGCUAGUUAAUUUUGGUUUCCUUUUAAAAAAUAAAAAUAAUUUUGGUUCCUUUUCUUACGCGUAAUUUCUAGAACUAGGGUCAGACGUAAUAUCUAUACUAGUAGCAUCCAUCUACUUCUCUCCAUUACACGUUUGGCCACCUGAUUUGAAACACCCCACUAAAUUAAAUCAAAUACUGAAUCCAAAGACUGGAGUAUAUUAUAGAUAUAUUAGUUUAAAAAAAAUACUAUUAUGAAUAACAAAAUUUUACAACUUUUAGUAUUUUUUGUUGUAUAUAUUCAUAAUUUAAUGUAAAUAUAAAGUUGAAGUGGAAAAUAUUUAGUUAUAUAUUUUCAGCGUGUCGUCGUUUAAGAACACUCAACACAGAUUUGCCGGGAAGAGAGCGUGAGGUUGAGUUUCAAAGGAUAGAAUAGUCUAUUCGCAUUCAACUAUAUAUACAAGUUUCUCCUCGUGAGACCCGAAAACCGCGUAAACUAAGAAAAAGACAUGCGUCGAUCGGCGAGCGCCUCCAUAGUUUCCGACCAACUAUCAGCGAAAGCUCCGUCGCCAUCACCGUCUCCGCCGCGAAUCCAAAGCGACACAGACUCGGAGGAUGUACAGCUUCUUCUGCCUAGGUACGACCCAAACUCUUACCCAGGGAAGAAGGACAAGACGCGACUCAGAUCCGCGGAAAACGCUAUCCAUUUCAUCCCUCUCAUUCUCAUCAUCUGCGCCCUAAUACUUUGGUUGGUUUCGAAUCCAGUAGUAGCAAUGAUCAAACGGUAAACAUGGUGGUAGAGAGAGUGUUUGAUAACUUAAUGGGCAAGCCUUCAACGAUUUUGCAUUUGUAUUAUUUCUUUUUUCUUAAGAUAUUUUUGUUAGUGCCUUUCUUCUGAGGUUGUUCAUACAGACAGAGAUCAAUGCCUCAACAGAAAGACACUAACAAAAAUAUCUCUCUGACGUAUGCUUUUUGUUAGUGUCUUUCUUUUGAAGUUACAUUUUUAUUGUUCUACUUUUACAUAAUCUCACUAUACAGAAAUUUAAAUGCCUAAGAAACUCAGUUCUUUUUAAAA